AUGGCAUCUUCACUUCGCCUCCGAGCGGCAAAAAUACCGAGAAGUCGCCUACUAGUCUUCGCUCUGUUCUUCGUCAUCUUCGCCGUGACCACCGCAUUUGGCCAACUGCGACGACACAAGGCUCAUGGAAAGCCCAUUUUCCCUACCCAAAAGCCAGUCAGUGGCUUUUCCGAUGGUCUUAGCGUGAAAGGAUAUGACAAGCCGGAGGGACUCAAAAUCAUUGGCCUCGUUUUCUUUGGUCGGAAAAAUCGUGUCGAGAUAUUGCGAUGCUUCCUCGAGCGCAAUUUGGUUGACAACGGUGGCUGGCUCGACGAGAUCCACUGGGUGAAGAACACGGACAAUCGCAAGGACCUGGCAUAUCUGGAGGAGAUUCUGGCCUCGUCUUCGCGGUACAAGAUGGUUGAGGUCGAGGGUGUCGGCUUUGUCGGCUAUGGACUGGCUUGGACUCAACUAGAGCCAGGAAAUCUGUAUGUCAAGAUCGACGAUGACGUGGUAUGGUUCGCAGACGACACGAUCCCACGCAUUGUAAGCAUGAAGCUUGCGCAUCCGGACUAUCUGGUUGUGAGCGCCAACGUCGUCAAUUCUCCGCUCAUGGGCUGGGUGCACUAUCAUAUGGGUGCGGUACGUCCUUAUAUGCCCGAACUGACCGACUAUGAACCGACCAUCUUCAAUCUGGGUCAACCGUCGCGCAAGCCUUGGACGUACUGGUCAUAUCCCACCUGGACAGGUCUAAAGUCCUGGGCAAUCGCCGCUCAAGAACACUACUCGUUUCUUGAAAACCUCGCCGACGACCGUCUCGACACCUACCGGAUGAGCAGCAGCGCCGACCGCGGAGGCACUGAUAAAGCCUGGCUCACAAUUGAUCAACGACUCAGUAUCAAUAUGAUCACUGUCUGGGCAGACGACGUUUUGGACAAUCUACCGAUGGACGAUGUCGACGAACAGUGGUUGACCCUCAUCUUACCCAAAAAACUCAAGCGCCAAGUCGCUGUGAACACGGACGCACUGGCAGUGCAUUUCACAUUUGGAUCACAGGGAACAGUUGAGACGACGGACCUGCUAGCCAGGUAUCGUGAUUAUGCAUUCGAAAACGCAUGCGCAAUGUGGGUCUGA